AUGGAGAUGGACUACGAACAGACCCCGCCCAACUCCAGCUCGAAUCAACAGACGCCCAUUGACGACGCCAGCAUGCACACCAUCACCGCCUCUUCCAUGCAGCAACACCCACUCCAACAGCAGCCUUCAUACGAGCCACGGCCGCAGACUUCAUAUUCCGACACCGGCUUUUCAAGACCCUACACACACAGUGAAAGCGGCACGCCAGACCACCUGCAGAAUGGGAGUGGGCUGAGCAGACCGCCUUCGACCGGGGUGCAGAGUCAGUAUGGGAAUGAUGCGCAACGGCAACAAGCACAGAAGAACGCGAGUGUGGUGAUCAAGGUGGGCAUGGUGGGGGACGCACAGAUCGGGAAAACGAGUCUGAUGGUGAAGUACGUGGAGGGGAGCUGGGAUGAGGACUAUAUCCAGACGCUUGGCGUCAACUUCAUGGAAAAAACAAUCUCCAUCCGCAACACCGAAAUUACCUUCUCCAUCUGGGAUCUCGGCGGCCAGCGCGAAUUCGUCAACAUGCUGCCCCUCGUCUGCAACGACGCCGUCGCCAUCCUCUUCAUGUUUGACCUCACGCGCAAAUCCACCCUCAACAGCAUCAAAGAGUGGUACCGCCAAGGGCGCGGCUUCAACAAGACCGCCAUCCCCUUCCUGGUUGGCACCAAGUACGACCACUUUGUCAAUUUCCCUAGGGAGGAGCAGGAGGAGAUCAGUCUGCAGGCGAAGCGGUUCGCGAAGGCGAUGAAGGCGCCGUUGAUCUUUUCGAGUACUAGUCACAGUAUCAAUGUGCAGAAGAUCUUCAAGAUCGUCCUCUCAAAGGCCUUCGACCUACGCUGCACGAUCCCGGAGAUAGAGCACGUCGGCGAGCCCUUAUUGCUGUACCAAGGCAGCGGUUGA